UUAUUUAUGUACAAGACAUCAAAUGAUUGAGGAAUAAAAAUAAAUAAAAGAAGAGUUUGUGUGAAGAAGUAGCAUAGCCAAGUUUCAUUGCUUUCUUCUUCUCUUCUCUCCUUCUCACACAAUAAAUAACACCUGCUUAAUUCAGAUGAAUUAUAUAUUAAUCACUUUGUAGUAGGUCUUUCACAAAUCUAGCUACCAAGAAAAGUUCUCCAGUUAAUUAAUUACUUUGCUUAAUUAAUUAGCAAUUAACAUGGCUGCUACUUCUUCAUCAUCAACACCGUUCUUCCAAAUCAGACAAGAGAAUCAUCAUGAGAAUCUGAUUUCACAGCAGCAGCAGCAGCUUCUUCAAUCGUCAUCCACUACAACUUCUGCACCACCACCACCACCACCACCACCACUCCCUCAAAAGAAAAGAAGAAACCACGCUGCAGGAACACCAUAUCCAGAUGCAGAGGUGAUAGCACUGUCGCCGAAGACGUUAAUGGCGACAAACAGGUUCGUAUGUGAAGUUUGCAACAAAGGAUUCCAAAGAGAACAGAACUUACAGCUUCACAGAAGAGGACACAACCUUCCAUGGAAGCUCAAGCAGAAGAACCCUAACAAAGAGCCUAAAAGGAAGGUCUAUCUCUGCCCUGAACCCACAUGCGUCCACCACCACCCUUCCCGGGCUCUCGGCGACCUCACCGGCAUCAAGAAACACUUCUCUCGCAAACACGGCGAGAAGAAGUGGAAGUGUCACAAGUGUUCCAAGAAGUACGCCGUCCAGUCCGACUGGAAGGCGCACUCCAAGACCUGCGGUACCAAAGAGUAUAGGUGCGACUGCGGCACCCUCUUCUCCAGGCGUGACAGUUUCAUCACUCACAGAGCCUUUUGUGAUGCAUUAGCACAUGAAAAUGCAUCAAGACACCCUCCUCUAAACCCUUUUGGAAAUCUCUAUCCCACAAACAACAACAACAACAACAACAUCUUGAGCCUUGGAAAUAGUACUACCACUUUCAUUGCACCAAAAUUUGAGCAUUUAAUAUCACCACCGCCACCACCACCACCACCAUUCAAUAACAACAACCACCACCACCACCACCAAUCUGCAUUAUUAUUUUCACAUCACUCGUCAUCAUCACCAUCACCAUUCUUCAUGGAAGGAUUUCAAGAACUCCAGCCUCAUCAUCAACACCAACACCAACAAGAACCCUUAUUAUUCUCAUCUAAUAAUAACAACAUGAACAUGUUCAACCUCAGUUUCUUCCCAAGAAGCAAUAAUAGCAGUGGCGGUGGAAGUAGCAUUAUCACCGAUCAUCAUCAUCAAAUUGGAUCAGCUUUUUCUUCUUCUUCAUCUUCAAUCUUCGGCAACAAUAAUUCAUCACUGCAACAACAACAACAACAACAACAACAACAACAAGAGAACAACAACAGCGACAACAACAUGUGUUCUCCACACAUGUCUGCAACUGCAUUGCUCCAGAAAGCUGCACAAAUGGGUUCAACAACUUCAACCACCAAUAACAGUAACCACAGUGCUUCUUCUCUACUAAGAGCAAUGGCCAAUAAUAAUAACAACCACCACCACCACCUCAAUGCUGACGUGGACAAUGAUGAACACAACGACAAUCUUCGCGGAUUGAUGAACUCUUUGGCAAAUGAAAACAUAUCUUCUUCCAUAUUCGGCAACGUGAAAGAGAAUGGAAACAACCACAAUAACAACAAUCUUGCUGGUGUGUGCUUUGGAGGAUCUGAUGAUAAGUUGACGUUAGAUUUUCUUGGUGUUGGAGGAGUUAUCAGAAACAUCACUGGGAUCAGUACUACUUCUUUCGACCCAACAAUGCAAUGAUAUAUAACCUAGUUUUAUUAUUAAUUAAUAUCAAUAUAAUGUGUAUUAGAGAUUAAUUUCUUUUAUUUUUUUUCACUUUUUUUUUUCCAAAGAAUGUCUAAUUGCAAUGCCAACUUAUACAUGAUGACAUUGUUAACUAAGUAAUAUAUGUCAUAAGCAUCACUUUUGUGCAUAUAA